ACGUAUGGCAGCACUCAAUCUUGUACAGAAUACAGACAAACAGCACAUUGAGGAUUGAGGUUUAGAAUUACAAGUGAAGCGAGUUUGAUUUGAGUCUGACGAAGUAAUCAAGCUCAGCUACUCCACCUCACCGAACCUUACCUUGUAGAUGUUAUUUUUACCUCCUCGUAUCAGAAAAUCCCGUGUCCUAAAUCCUUGUAUACACUGUUUUUCGGUAUCUAACAGGGUUUGAAUUUCAGAGGCUUUGACAAUGGCAACGGAUUCUACUAAUGGAGACCAUCAAAAAGCAACAAAGCAACCUCCACUGCCAUCUCCCUUGCGUUUUUCCAAGUUCUUUCAGUCCAAUAUGAGAAUUCUGGUUACUGGAGGAGCUGGAUUUAUUGGCUCUCACCUAGUUGACAGAUUGAUGGAAAAUGAAAAAAAUGAGGUCAUUGUUGUUGACAACUUCUUCACUGGAUCUAAAGACAACCUUAGAAAAUGGAUUGGCCAUCCAAGAUUUGAGCUAAUUCGUCAUGGUAUAAUUUUAUUACUUUUUCUACUGCUGCCAUCCUGAGUCUGACUUUGUUCCAUGUAAGAUUGAAAUUUAGAUUAAAAUUUAUUUUCUUUUUUCUGAACUUGUAAUAUGUGUCUGACCUCUUAAAUAUAGUUAUCUAGAUUGUAAAUAAUCUUCUAGAUGGUAAAGUUUUUCUUAGUCAGUCAUCAAUGUAGUGCAGCCAGCUGCACCAUUUUGUUUGACACCACAUGAAUAAUGUUGCUAUCAAGUGCACCGAGUUUUUUGUGUUUCUAGAUGUCUUUUAAUUUAUAUAUUUCUUCAAUUGAAAUGCAUUCGUCUUCCUUUCUCUGUGCAGAUGUCACAGAGCAAUUGUUGAUUGAGGUGGAUCAAAUCUACCAUCUUGCAUGCCCUGCUUCUCCUAUUUUCUACAAAUACAAUCCUGUAAAGUUAGAGGAAUAACUUUGCAGACGAUUAAGACAAAUGUGAUUGGAACGCUGAACAUGCUUGGGCUUGCUAAGCGUGUUGGAGCAAGGAUUUUGCUAACAUCUACUUCAGAAGUAUAUGGGGACCCUCUUGUCCAUCCACAGCCAGAAAGCUAUUGGGGCAAUGUUAACCCCAUUGGUGUUCGGAGUUGUUAUGAUGAGGGCAAGCGUGUGGCAGAAACUUUGAUGUUUGAUUAUCAUAGGCAGCAUGGAAUAGAAAUACGCAUUGCAAGAAUAUUUAACACAUAUGGACCACGCAUGAAUAUUGAUGAUGGGCGUGUUGUCAGCAACUUCAUUGCUCAAGCAAUUCGUGGUGAACCCUUAACCGUCCAAGUUCCGGGAACUCAAACACGCAGUUUCUGCUAUGUCUCUGACAUGGUUGAUGGCCUUAUUCGUUUAAUGGAAGGGGAAAACACUGGUCCAAUCAACAUUGGGAACCCAGGUGAGUUUACAAUGAUUGAACUGGCCGAGAAUGUGAAAGAGCUUAUUAAUCCAGCAGUGGAGAUAAACAUGGUUGAGAACACUCCUGACGAUCCUCGUCAGAGAAAACCAGACAUAACUAAAGCAAAGGAAUUGCUGGGAUGGGAGCCAAAGGUGAAGUUGCGUGAUGGCCUUCCCCUCAUGGAAGAAGAUUUUCGUCAGAGGCUUGGGGUUGCAAAGAAGAACUAAGCUUAUUUUCAUUCCUUCAAUUCAUGUCAUAAAUGAUAUUUUGGUAGUCACUGGGAUGAAUGUGUUAGUGUUGGAUAUUUCAUAUUGAAAAUUAUGGAGAGGAAGGUCAGAAGUUGCUGCCAGGAAAACUAACUUGAUCUUACUCUUCUUUUGAUACAAUAUGAUGGCCUCUCUUGCAAAGACUAUUGUUGAGUUGAAAUCUUAUUUUAUAGAACAUUAGUUGUUUUAAUAUGAGAAGUUGAAAAUUUGUAUUUGAGAUGUUUUGGAUCUCCUUUUGAAAUGAAAUUAUAAUAAUGAUCUGUUAUCAAUGUCAAAUAAGUUCGAUUG